AAACUGAGCGAUGUAGCAUGUCCAGUUGAUAGUAGCCACGCUAAUGGCCAUCGAAGGCUCCUCUCUAGCCACACAAAUAUGCACUCACAUAGCCUCCAUCUUCUCCAGACCAACCAAUCCCCACCCACCACCGCUGGACCUUAUGGUCACAGUUAUUUCUGAGACUGCUGCUCAAAACGGCAGCGUCUUCCUCUAUGGAGUAGGAAGGGAGGGCCUGAUGCUCAAGGCACUUUGCAUGCGGCUGGCACAUCUGGGCCUCUCCACCCACUUGGUUUUCGACAUGACCACUCCCCCGAUCACAUCCAACGAUUUACUCAUCGCCUCUGCAGGACCUGGAGGAUUCUCCACCGUCGAUGCUUUAUGCUCGGUGGCACGAUCAAACGGUGCCAGAGUUCUACUUUUGACAGCGCAGCCUGAAACGGGAUCGUGUGUGAAACAUGCCAGCGUGGUUUGCUAUGUGCCGGCGCAGACCAUGGCGGAUGAUAGAGAGGUGAAAUCGCGACCGUUGCUGCCGAUGGGGAGUGUUUAUGAGGGAGCUUUGUUUGUUUUGUUUGAGAUGGUGAUCUACAGAUUAGGUGAAGUUUUGGGUGAAAGCCCUGAGACCAUCCGAUCUCGACAUACCAAUCUUGAAUAAAUAUGUUAUCUUGCUUAUGACUUCCUUGCGCCUCGUAUCUAUCAUAUUAAUUUGCAUACUUAGAAGGAGAGACUUGUACUCAGUCUUCGACGUCGUUUUAUUCGGUGCUACUUAAUGUAAAUCUUUUUAGUUUUAUGAAAUUGCAACCUUUAAAAAUUGCAUUACAAAUUAGGGACAUGUUAA